AUGGCAUUUGAACGAGGUUCGAGAGGCAGCGUUUCACCGAGCUGCCUUCCAUGCAACCGUGAAAAGAGUAGCGUAACCCCACUGUGUGGCGUCUUCAAUUACUCGUUAUGCGCAACGUUUCUUUCCGCAAUGCUGAUUUCACUUUCAACCGUGCACGCUUGCUCGUUCACCUCUCGCCAACAUCUCUCCUUCUCGCGUAAAGCGGAGUUUUUGGAAAAUUGCGAAACUGCGUAUAACGAGUUAACUUGUUGAAAACCUGUUGGAAAAUACUUCGUCAAGCCGUAUUUAAACAUCUACAAAUUUUUCAGCCAACCCAGUGAGAUUACAUUAAUAUUAAUUUUCGUCGAAUUAAAUUAAUCGACACAAGGCGAGUAAUUACUUGGCUAGAAUUCAGCUGUAUCGAUGAUGAAUCUUGAUCGAGAUAAACGCAAACAAACUGGAAAAAAAAGAGAAAGACGAUGAAGAUCUUCGCGUGAGUAAUAAUCAUUUCUAAUUACCGGUUGCUGUUUCUCUCUCUCUCUCUCUCUUUCUCUUUCUCUCUUUGCUCGUCCACGGAUUGCAAAAGGCGGUUUCUAGGUUGAACAGAAACCUCUUGGUUUCUGUAGGAACACGACCGGCCCGCAUACCAGUCCAGCCAUGAAAGAAUGGAGAGCAGUCGAUGCCACGAAAUCCUGCGAUUCAACACAAUCGCCCCGGUUGUACACGAGUUUCCUCGAUUACAAUGAACAAGAGAUCGUGCCUGUGCCACGUCUGAAGUAG